GACAGAGGGAGCUGCUGGGAAAAGAUGGCAGCUUGCUAUUGUUUGUGUGGAUUUACUCGAAACCGAGGAGGGAUUUAAGACGUUCUUGAGUCGAUACGUUGGUCUCCGUCGCACUUUUUGAAUUCGCUGCAGCGUUAAUAAUAAAUACUUAAAGCAGCAGGAGAUGGAGAAGAGCGGCAGCAUCGACAGUUUGGGCUCGAAGCGCUCCUCCUCCCGACAGCCGAGUGUCGAUUCAUUAUCCAGCAAUUCCACCUCUCGCUCUGACCGGUCUGCGCAGGCCAAACCACCCUCUGCCAUGUCAGCAGACUCUGUGUCCUCCUCUGCAGAGUUCUCCCCAGAGCUCAGGGUCAAAACCAAAACAUCUUUAAAGCAGGUGCACAGAGACUCAGACAAAGAGGAGCCACAGUUACUUCCAAAUGAAAUGUUGCAAGACAUAGCCCAAGAUGUCACCUACUUCUGUCCGUUUAUUGGAGCAGUGAGGGGAACACUGACAGUCACCAAUUACAGGCUUUUCUUCAAAUGCACGGACAGGGAGUCAUUGUUUGUAUUGGAACUACCUCUCGGGGUGGUGAGCUGUGUGGAAAAGAUUGGCGGUGCAUCGAGCCGUGGUGAUGUGUCCUAUGGUCUCGUUUGCAAGGAUGUGCGCAAUCUACGUUUUGCACACAAACAGCUGGAGGACACACUGAGGAAGUCCAUUUUUGAAGUCCUGAUGAAAUUUGCUUUUCCUGUUUCCAAUGGGCUGCAAAUCUUUGCUUUUCAAUAUGGACAAGUCUUUCCUGAAAAUGGAUGGAAGGUGUAUGAUCCUGUCUCGGAAUACAAAAGACAGGGUAUACCAAAUGAAAGCUGGCGGAUAACAAAAGUAAAUGAUCACUACGAACUGUGUGACACCUACCCAUCAACUCUUGUGGUGCCCGUCAACAUAACAGACGAAGAGCUGAGAAGAGUCUCUGCCUUCCGAGCGAAGGGACGGAUACCCGUGUUGUCAUGGAUCCAUCCAGAGAGCCAGGCUACAGUGACACGCUGCAGUCAGCCGAUGGUUGGGGUGAAUGGGAAGCGCAGCAAAGAAGAUGAGAAAUACCUCCAGGCUGUCAUGGACGCUAAUGCUCAGUCCCACAAGCUCUUCAUUUUUGAUGCAAGGCCAAGCGUAAACGCUGCUGCCAACAAGAUGAAAGGUGGUGGAUUUGAAAGUGAAGAUGCUUAUCAGAAUGCAGAGCUGGUGUUUUUAGAUAUUCACAAUAUUCACGUGAUGAGGGAGUCACUCCGUAAACUGAAAGAUGUGGUGUACCCCAACAUUGAGGACUCCCACUGGCUCUCCAAACUUGAGUCCACUCAUUGGCUUGAGCACAUUAAGCUGAUCCUGGCUGGGGCGCUUCGGAUUGCAGACAAAGUGGAGUCGGGGAAGACGUCAGUGGUGGUGCACUGCAGCGAUGGUUGGGACCGCACAGCCCAACUCACCUCAUUGGCCAUGCUCAUGCUGGACGGUUUCUACCGCACUAUUCGUGGUUUUGAAGUGCUGCUCGAGAAAGAGUGGCUGAGCUUUGGCCAUCGCUUCCAACUGCGUGUUGGCCACGGUGAUAAGAACCAUACAGACGCAGACCGCUCUCCUGUUUUUAUUCAGUUCAUCGACUGUGUGUGGCAGCUGACUCGACAGUUUCCCGCAGCCUUUGAGUUUAAUGAAUACUUCUUGGUGACCAUUCUGGACCACCUGUACAGCUGCUUGUUUGGUACUUUCCUCUGUAACAGCGAGCUGCAGAGGUUGAAGGAAGAAAUUCCCAAGAGGACAGUAUCGCUGUGGUCCUACAUUAACAGCCAGGUGGAGGAGUUUACCAAUCCUCUGUAUGUCAACUACUCCAACCAUGUCCUGUUCCCAGUAGUGAGCAUGCGCCACCUGGAGCUUUGGGUUGGAUACUACAUCCGCUGGAACCCUCGCAUGAGACCUCAGGAACCCAUUCACCAGCGAUACAAGGAGCUGCUGGCCAAGCGCGCUGAGCUGCAGAAGAGAGUGGAGGAGUUGCAGCGAGAAGUGACCAAUCGCUCGGCGUCCUCAUCCUCUGAAAGGGCGGGCUCACCCACCCGCUCCAUCACGCCAGUGCAGACCUUUGUUUGAUGCACUUUGACCUCCAGGACAGUCGCAGCAGCUGAAUGUCACCACGGCAACCACUAAGCCACAUGUUUGGGCCAACCUGCCUCUUUUAACACGCCACUUCAGUAAAUUAGGACCAAACAUUUGGUGAAGCACAUUCCUGCCUUUGCAUCUUUUAUAGGUAGCACUUGAUUUCCACAAGGACUUCAGCCAUAUUUGACCCCUCCUCUCAGGGUUGAGAGACAUGUAACAAGAAUACGGUUUAACCACCUACCCGCAGACUGUCUUACUAGUUUUAAACCUGUCAGUACACUAAAAAUAUUACCCUGGUAAUAUUGCCUUUGCCUUAAAUACACUCCAUAGGAACACUCAGCACCAUUCCUAUACUUUACAGGUGUUAGUGAGAUAGCUGCCUGAAUGCAAAGCCGUUGAAAAGCUGGACAGCGGUGCACAACUUAUUUUAAGGUCAGAACUCUAGUACUUACAAUUACAUGGCUGGGACAUACUGAAUUGAAAAUGUAGUGAAAGGGCUCGAAUAUUAAAUGUAUUCAUUGCAUUUAAAAAUUAGGUGUGUGUAUUCACAAGUCAGUGCUUUUAGAAUGUUUAGACCAAGGCUUUUGUUGUUUUUUUAUGGAUUACACAACAUAUGGCAUUCCUCUUUGAUUGUUUUUGAGUUUUCAGUUUUGUUUUUUAGUUAACAUUAUUUAUUCUUUAGUUUAUAGCUGCAUGACUAAAACAUUCUCUCAUCUGUUGAACACAGAUGUCACCAUGCAACACUACUUAUGCAAACAGUACUUAAUUUGUCCCUUUUUUUUUUUUUUUUUAAAGCUACAGUGUGUAGGAUUUAGGCAUGUUUAUUAGGAGAAAUGGAAUGUAACCUUCAAAACCACACUGUAGAACCUGAUAUGUUAAUUUAACUCUCAAAAUUUAUUGAAGCUGAAAAGUGGCACCAUGUUUUUUUAAGUUAAAAGGAGCAUUCUUUAUUACAUAACUAGAAACAUUAUUUGGUGAAAUAAAUUUUUUUGACAGUUUCAAAAAAAAUUUAGUUAAAUUCACAUAUCUGGUUUUACAGUGUAUCGGUUCAUGAAUGAUUACUUGCAACUAGUGCUGGGUUGAAAAGAUUGAUUUGCCGAUUUUAAAUUGAUUCUCAUUUUAAUUUCCACAGAUUGAUUCAUACAUCCAAAGAUUGAUUUUUAUUUUUUUAAAUAUAUAUAUGCACUUCUCACCAGUGCUAUAUAACAGCGUGCCUGAAAAAUGACGCUGCAAUUGGGCUGUUAUGCUGUUUCUGAGGGUGUGUAGCGGAAAAAAGAUAAUUUCUCUGCAUUGAUUGUGGUCGUGUUGGUUCUGAUUCAGAAGCAGCGCAACUGCAAUUUAUUCAUCGUCUGUCAAAGCCAUUUAAAGAUGUCAAUCAUGACUGCUAGGACUCUGUUGUUGCAGGCAAGAAAAGAGUCGUCCGCCGUUUAAUUCUCACAGUGGGGUCCCCCCCCUUCAUAAGGUGCCAUUUCCGUGGGACAGUGCAUGUACGUUCUCUGGUGUGGACUGUCGGAGAACCUUUCUCAUAGCUGCGUUCUCGGGGGAUACUGGGGCCAUUUUCCCCAUGAAAAUUUUUAAAUUCAUAACUACCUGCAUUUUGAUGGCCAAAUUUUGUGAAAUAGUAUUAAUAUGCUGUGUAACUAGACAAUCAGGUAACGGCUCAAAAAUGGUUUUAAUAACACUAACCCAAAUCGAUAUCUGAUCUAAUGCAAUAACUAAUUGAUGGAUUUUGAUAAGCUUCUGAGUCCUUUGUAUCUGUUUGUGAGUGGGACCUAGCCCUAACCCAUGUUGAUGCAGUAGCCUAAAAGGGACAUAUUUGUAUUUUGCAUUUUGCAGCAUAGCCAGAAGAAUGAACAAAAAAAUAAAUAAAAUAAAGCGGAAUCAGUGGUUGUUCCACUUACACACAGUUUGCUGGUCACUAGUGCAGGCUCACAAAUUUGAGAACUUUCAUUUCUAAGAAAUGGAGGAUCAUACAUAUUGUUGUAUGAUCCUCAAAGCAACAGAGCAAAAACCAGACAUGAAGCAAAAUCUUGACCGGUGAUAGUGGAAUGCAGUCUGGGCCCUCACCAUUAGAUGACACUUAAUCCUACACACUGGAGCUUUAACUUAUUUGAUUGUUACAGGGCAGCAGAAUGUAUAACACAAUUUCCGCUGGGUGUUUGUUUUCUAAUGUUUAAUGAAUGUUGUUUGAAAGAUGGAGAGAAUAACUGAUGAGAAAAGUGUGUAGACUUUUUAUUUUUAUUUGCCAAGUUGAGUACAGUGUUAAAACCUUUUCCCCUGCACAUAUGAAUACUUGGAAUAAAAUACAAUGAAAA